CACGGGCAGCGGCACCGCGGGGACACGGGCAGCGACACCGCGGGGACACGGGCGCUCGGCCAGGGGACCGACCGGGCGGCAGCUCCGCUCCGCUCCGCGCAUCCCCGCGGGGAUCGCUCUGGAAGUGGCGGCUUGCGAGGCUCUGCGGGCGCUGCGGCAGCUCCGGCGCUGCGGCAGCGGGGAGGCGGGGGGAGCCCCGGCCGCGGGGAUCGUCCUGCGGGUCCCUCCUGGGUGCCCCUUUCAGAGGGCGGCUCUGCCCCCGCAUCCCCCGGCACAAGUCCUGAGGGUGCCCAGGGCUGUGGGAGAGCAGCCAAGGGAUAGUUCGGGGUACGGCGAAGGCUGAACCUCAGCAUCUGUCGGAGGAAGCGGAUCGAGCUGCUUAUGCGGGCUGCACAGGACCCCACAGAGUAUCUGCUUUCCUCCCGUGUGUUGCAGGUGAAAGACGAGUUCUUGGAAAACCACGUUAAAUCGCAGGCUGCCCAAAUGCCAGCCCCCACCCUGCAGCCUGCCCAGCUCCGUGAGUAACCUUAACUGGGGACCUGCUACUACUCUGAGUAAGAACUGUGCUUGCCUCGUGCUGCUGGGUGAGAAAUUCUUCUUCUGGAGGAGGAGGACGGCAGUGACACUUGAAGCCUGCUGGAAUCGCAGGCUGUUCUGGCAGAAAGCCCUCAGGAGCUUUCAGACUGGAAUUCUGCAGAGGGACAGUGCCACUGGAGGAAGUGGCAAAGCCCUGGUAGCAAGAAGAGCAUGAGUGGGAUCAUCUCUAAAAGCCAGUCCUCUGCUCCAGUGCUCAGUGUUUAAGCUUCUGUGUUCUUUACUUCAUCUGGUUUUCCUUCUGCUCCAUCACAGCAGCCGUGCUGCUGGAAAAAAAACGGGAAAAGAUGCACUAAGGCAUCACACAUCAAGGGAGGAAAGCUUGGAUCCUGCCCCGGUGGCUGCUGCACCACACGGCGCUGGAGAGGAGAACCAGAGGGAAUUGCUGCCGUUCCCAGCUCCUGCCGUGUCCCUGCUCGCUCCGUGCUCCGUGUCCCCCGUCCCUGGACGCUGCUUGAUGGGGAUCUCUGCUGCAGGAGCAGGCUCUGCACUCCCGGGCGGGCGAGCAGGGCUGGCAGAGGUCGCUCCUAGAUGCUGGAAAGGCCAUUUGGAUAAGCUGCUGGCAGAAGAUCCCUUCUGGAACAGCUGCUGGCUGUAGGCCCACUGAGCGGAGGGUCAGGAGAGCCGGUCCUGCAGCAUGACUUCCAAGCUGGAGCAGAAGGAGACCCCGCAGGCCAACGGGGCCGUGCUGCCCAUCGUGCCCGGGGACUGCCUCACCAGCCCGGAGCGCGGGCAGCGCGUGGAGCCCGCAGAUUUCCUGGGACCCGAUGGCACUGGGGUGGAAGUGGUGGUGCUGGAGUCCCGUGCCAACGCGAAAGGGGUGAGGGAAGAGGAUGCCCUGCUGGAAAAUGGCAGCCAGAGCAAUGAGAGCGAUGACACCAGCACGGACCGGGGUCCCGAGCCCGCCUCGCCCCUCAAGGAGACCUCCUUUUCCAUCGGGCUGCAGGUCCUCUUCCCGUUCCUCCUGGCAGGCUUUGGGACAGUCGCUGCUGGAAUGGUGCUGGACAUUGUGCAGCACUGGGACGUCUUCAAAUACGUGACUGAGGUGUUUAUCUUGGUUCCUGCUUUGCUGGGCCUGAAGGGGAACCUGGAGAUGACGCUGGCAUCCCGCCUGUCCACAGCUGCUAAUAUUGGCCAAAUGGACACACCCAAAGAGCUCUGGAAGAUGAUAACGGGGAACAUGGCUCUGAUACAGGUCCAGGCCACUGUGGUUGGCUUCCUGGCCUCGAUCGCAGCCGUGGUGUUCGGAUGGAUCCCAGACGGGCACUUCAGCAUCGACCACGCUGUCCUGCUGUGUGCCAGCAGCGUGGCCACUGCCUUCAUUGCCUCCCUUGUUCUGGGCAUGAUUAUGAUUGGGGUCAUCAUCGGCUCCAGGAAGAUGGGGAUCAAUCCUGACAACGUGGCCACACCGAUUGCUGCCAGCCUGGGGGACCUCAUCACGCUGGCUCUGCUGUCAGGGAUCAGCUGGGGCUUGUACAAGGAGCUGGAGAGCAAAGCCUACGUGAACCCCUUGGUGUGCGCCUUCUUCAUCUCCCUGCUGCCCAUCUGGAUCGUCAUUGCCAAGAGGAAUUCUGCCACCCGCGAGGUGCUCUACUCAGGCUGGGAGCCUGUCAUCAUUGCCAUGGCCAUCAGCAGCGUCGGGGGCCUGAUUUUGGACAGGACGGUGUCGGAUCCGAACUUUGCUGGGAUGGCAGUUUUCACACCAGUCAUCAAUGGUGUGGGUGGCAACCUGGUGGCAGUGCAGGCCAGCCGCAUCUCCACCUACCUGCACAUGAGUGGGGUGCCUGGAGACAGCCCCGAGACGGCCCCUCGGAAGUGCCCCAGCCCCUGCAGCACCUUCUUCAGCUCAGACGUGAACUCCCGCUCUGCCCGUGUGCUCUUCCUCCUGGUGGUGCCCGGGCACUUGGUUUUCCUCUACACCAUCAGCUCCAUGCAGGGGGGACACACCACGCUCACCCUGAUUUUCAUCGUGUUCUACAUGACAGCAGCACUGCUCCAGGUCGUCAUCCUGCUCUACAUCGCUGACUGGAUGGUGCACUGGAUGUGGGGCAGGGACCUGGAUCCCGACAACUUCUCCAUCCCAUACUUGACAGCUCUGGGGGACCUGAUUGGAACAGGGCUCCUGGCCCUCAGCUUCCACGUCCUCUGGCUCAUCGGUGACCGGGACUCCGAUGUUGGGGAUUAACUCUCCCCACUCCCCCCUUCCCACAGCUCUCCUCCUCCUCCUCCUCCUCCUCCCAUUUGUUGUUUCUUUUCCUCCCCCCUUUGCCUCUCUCUGCUUCCCCCUCCUCCCACCCCGUCUCUCUCGAGACUUCAUCUUUGAUACUGGAUUCUCAUUAUUUUCAAUGGGAAUUUUACAUGGUUUAUAUUUCAAGCUGAGUUUGUACAGAGGAUAUAUCUAGUUUUAGGAAGGACAAACAAACAAACAAACAGAAGUGUAACGAGACAAUCACUAAGUGCAAUUUUCACAGCAGUUAUGUCUGAACCAAGGUUCCAGUGAAGUUCCUGCUCAGCCAGAUCAUGCAGGGAGCCUCCCCUGCUCCACUCCCUCGAGGUGAAGGGCUGCUUUUUUCGCUUCAUAAGCGUUUUAAACCCUGGGCGUCAAGCUCAGCUUUGUUUUACUGAGCUGGCACCUCCAAGCAAAGUACAACCUCAUGGCUGAGGGCACAGAGUACCCCUGCCUUGGCUCUCUGAAGCUCCAUCCUGGGCCCACAUCCAAAAAUUGGGAGUUUCUGGGAGAGGGAUGAGGAGGAUGGCGAGGAAGGCUCCUGUGAGUGAUCUUGUUUGAGAGCCCCAGGCCCUGGCUGGGCUCUGCUGGCAGAUCCAGGCUCCCUUUUGCCACCCACCCCAAACUGCAGAGUGCAGGUUCUGCCUCUGCUGAGCUGAGUUCAGCUGCUCUGAGCUUCACCCAAGGGGGCUGGGAGCUCUCCCCAUCCAUCCCCCCCCUUUCACCUGCCAGAGAUCCUCUGCAGGACCUGCUGGAGCCCUCCUGGGUGCUGUCUCCUUGUGCUGCACGAUUUUCACGGCUCUCCUCAGUGCAGAGGGAUGGAUGGAAAAGCAGCUCCUGUUUUUGGUGUCCAGGUUUCCUUUCGGUUGCUGAGUGCUGCUGAUGGGCCCCUUGCAGCCAGGAAGAAGCCACCCAGCACCUCCCCCAGCUGAGCCUGAGGUGCUUCAAGCUGGGGAGGAGCAUUUUGCUCUUGGUGUCUGUUAGGAAAGGACAUCCGUGGGAUCCACGGGAUUUCUCUCUCUGCCCAAGUGCCGGCUGGAAAACAGCUGGAAAUCCGGGCACAGCUGGAUUGCUGGAGCCCUGGCUCUCGGUGCAGCUCUGUGGCACAGGAACCCCCCUGCCCGUGUGUAAAAUCUGGGAUUGGGGCUGCAGCCCAGCUGGGAAGCCCUGGCUGAGCACAGGGAGUGCAGGGUUCCCUCCUCUGCUCCUUCCCUUCCUGCUUUUUGUGCUGUUCAGCUCCUCCGUGCCGGCCGAAUUCCUGCUCUUCCCAUUAGGCGUGUUGGGAGGGCAGCAAAAACCACACACCCAGGUGGGCAAAUCGUGACCAAAGUUAGUCCAGGAUCAUUGUCCCAGGCCAGGGAUCUGGGUGCAGAGCUGGGCUCACUCUAGAGAUGGCCCUGUUGGAAAGGAGGGUCAGGAUCAGAGUUCUGGAAGUCCACGGGAGCAGGUGGAUCCAAACCAGGGCUCUCGGCUGCUCCAGGCCCUCUGUGGAGUUUUGGAAACCCUUCCCUGCUGCUGGUGGUGUGCAGGAGGCAGAGGUGGGCUCCAGGCUGCUCCUUCUCAGCCCCUCAGAAGAGCAGGAGUUGUAUUUCUGAGAUCAUUUUCCCCUUUUUCCCUUGCUAAUCCAACAUCAGGCUCACUCCCCUCCUCCUCUUUGCUCCGUGUCCUGUGUGGGAGCAGCUCUGACCCUCCUCUCUCCACCCUCACUUCUCACAGAUCUCCUCUGGCCAAAGCUGUGCUCAAAAUACAAAACCCAACCACAAAACAAACCCUGUCCCUGCCGUGCUGAACUCUCAGCCCAGGGACUCCUGGAAUAUUUUUUGGAAUAUUCUCAGCUGCUCACCUGAUUUCUCUGCCUGAUGGUGAGGAAUAAAUGCAGGACUUCCUUCCAUUAACACUUCAGCUUUUAUGUGCAUAGAAAGAAACUCUGCUGGCCUUCCAGGUGUCACAUCACCACUUAAUUCCCCAGGAAAAGAUUCCCUGGAGGAGGAAUCUGCUUCUCGUGGUCAGGGCUGGUAGGGCUGGGGGGGUUUGUACAUGAAACAUGGUCAAAGGUGUGCUUGGGGAAUGGUCAGGGAAGAACCUCACUUAAAACUGAGGAAUAUUGAUGGGAAAAAAAACAACAAAACCUCUUCCCACUGGUUGCACUCCAAUGCAUGCCGACUCCACAGCUGCCUGCAGAUGAAAAUCCUGGUUUACUCUUUUAUUAAAGGAAAAAAAAAAAAAGACUGUCUUAAUUAUUUAUAGUUCCUAUAACUGACAGAUGUCGACCUAAUGGAUAAAUUAUAUUUGGUUAAAUAAAGAUGACAUUUAUUUA